UUAAAAUGGGGUCAUCGUCUUCUUUCUUUGGUGACUCCGACUGAUAGGCGUUUAGUGGAGUUUGCCGAAGGCCCUUGUUUUUCUUUGUCAGUGCCAACUGCCAAGCAAGGCAUUCAACACAUACAUAAAUAGGAGAGCAAGCCGUGCACGUGAGCACCAAGUCCUGAGCUGGGUCGACGGAGAUUUAUACCUGAGACAUUCUUCCGCUUCUUCUCCGGCGAGGAGGGGGAAAGAGCAGCGCCGGACAUGGCUUCCUGGAAUUCAGGUCCGCUGGAAGUCGCAUACCAAUUCCUGGGUUGGUUCGCUUUCGCCUGUUGGUCGAUCAGUUUCUACCCUCAAGUCAUCCUGAAUUUUCGCAGGAAAAGUGUUGUGGGGCUCAACUUUGAUUUCGCCUUGUUGAAUCUGACGAAGCACUCUUCCUAUCUCAUCUACAACGCCUGUGUGUACUUCAGUUCUGCUGUUCAGAAGCAGUAUUUUGAGGAAUACGGUUCUGGAGAGAUGAUACCUGUGGCGGCAAAUGAUGUUGCUUUCUCUGCCCAUGCUGUGGUACUCACCGCACUUACCUUGUUUCAAAUUGUGAUCUAUGAACGUGGAACUCAGAAAAUCUCCAAACUUGCCAUUGGAAUUGUCUCUGCGGUAUGGCUUAGUGCUGCAAUUUGCUCCUUCAUAGCUUUGCCGGCACACUCCUGGCUUUGGCUCGUCUCCCUCUUCAACACAAUUCAAAUAUGUAUGACAAUCAUAAAAUAUGUUCCUCAGGCAACCAUGAACUUCAUGAGAAAAAGUACUGACGGCUUCAGCAUCGGCAACAUUCUGCUUGAUUUUUCUGGAGGCAUAUCAAACUAUGGACAGAUGGUUGUGCAGUCCAUUGAUCAAGGUUCUUGGGUCAACUUCUAUGGGAAUGUAGGAAAACUGAUGCUGUCUUUGGUGAGUGUAUCCUUUGACAUAUUUUUCAUAUGUCAACAUUACGUGUUUUAUCCUGCCAAGAAAACUUUUAAAUCAGUGGCUUCUGUGGAACCCGAAGAUGAAAUCAAAGAGCAUCUUGUGCAAUGUUAUGGUGAUCCAGCAGCGACAGAGAACGUGUAAAGCGUGAUUUACUUGAUAAUGAUCGUAUAGGCCUUCCUUGGAUGAGUUUUUAAAUUCCACACCGAAGGAGAGAACCAUACAUUUUGGUCUCCUCUUAAGAAUGAACGUUGUGGCCUGUGGACAUAUUUGUUCCCUGUUAAGUUUUUAUAUAUAUAUAUAUAUAUAUAUAUUUUUUUUUUUUUUUGGGUUCCUUUUUGCUGGCCAAUGAAACAAACAAUGUCAAAUACUAUGAGGUUUGUAAAGUGAAGGUGGCAGUGAUUGAAGGAGGUCCUGGCAUGCACACAAUUCCAUGGGGAGUAUAAAUUUGGUCCCUGCCUCUGCCCUGUCCCCAUCCAUUUGUUUAUUCUCUCUGUUUUUUUUUUUUUUUGGGCCAAUUUUGGUUUAUUCUCUCUAAGUGUAAUGCUUCUUCUAAGACAAUGACAUGAUCAAUGUCGGUUUCCCUUAAUGGCCUUUUUAUGGUUUGUUUGUAAGAGUCUUAUUUUUAAUAAUAUUUGCCUUCAUUAAAAAAAAUAAAAAAAUCAGAGAGAGAGACAUGAUCAAUGUCUUUAUCAUUCAUGUAUUAAAUGAAGACUCUAUCUUUAUUGAUUAAUACUCGUUUUUAA